AACCUUAAUUACUCAACUUUUGUAAUUCUCCACCACCUUCCUUCCCAUCUUGUGUUCUUUCUUGCGACUUGAUCGUUCCUUCCUCGCCAAAUCCCACGAGUCACCUGCACCUGCACCUGCACCCGCACCUGCAAACUUCAUCUUGAUCUCUAUCUUCACCUCGCGUUUUCCAUCAUCGACCUCUUCCGAUUCUGUCCUCGUACCGUCGCCUGUGCUGAGGCAAAUCUCUGUCAUGGCUUCUCUCAUAGAGAUCCAGUCCGAAGACGUGUUCGAUGAGUCCAUCAGGGCGGCCUCACCCAACACCCUCUUCGUCCUAUACUUCCACACUCCAUGGGCUGCACCAUGUGCACAAAUGAACACCAUACUCUCCACCCUCGCAUCAACCUAUCCCGCCAACGCUCCCAUCAAAUUCCUCUCCAUCAACGCUGAAGAUCUUCCCGACAUUUCGGAAGCCUACGAUGUCACUGCUGUACCGUUCCUCGUUCUCCAGAGAGACAAUAAGACAUUGGAGACAGUGAGUGGCAGCGAUGCGACCAAGGUCCGCGCUGCCGUCGAGAAAUACGCUGGUGGAGGUGGUGCUUAUGCGUCCAAUGGAUUACCGCCACCCCUCCAAGCGGCGCCACAACAGCAUGCGCAUACAAAUGGAAAUGCUCCAACCACAACCAAAGAUCUCAGCUCCUACGCACCUAAGCCCAACGACCCUCUGACUACAGCACAACAAGCGUCUCAAGAAUCAAGGAAGGAGCUGAAUGAGAGGUUGGCCAAGUUGAUCAAGGCUGCUCCGGUCAUGCUCUUCAUGAAGGGAACACCUAGCGCACCUCAAUGUGGCUUCAGUAGGCAAUUGGUCAGCAUUUUGAGAGAGAAUCAAGUGAAAUAUGGAUUUUUCAACAUUCUCGCCGACGAUGAUGUCCGAGAGGGCCUCAAAGUUUUCUCCGACUGGCCUACCUUCCCUCAGCUUUAUACAAACGGUGAACUAAUUGGUGGUCUCGAUAUUGUGAGAGAGGAACUUUCUGCGGACCCGGACUUCUUCAAGCCAUAUGCCGCGCCGUCUGCAGCCACCGCAUGAGUUCUGACGGGAACGAGGAUGUGACCAAAGAUUUUUGGAGAACGUGAUGUGGCAAAUGAUACAACAUGACACUGUGAUCGAACCACUUGGGAUAGCGAAGAGACAAUGUAUUGCAGCUUCUUCUAAUGAGAAACUCUAAAUACCACCCCACGAGCUCGCAAGCAUUGCGCUGCAGACGUCGGAAUGUUAGUUUGUUAUUUAAAGGUAGUUCAUGAGAUUAGGAAACUUGAUCAACCUCAUCCUUUAGAAGGAAUGCUCUGAGACUCUGCAUAGAUUCUGACCACCCGUCAAUGUUCAAAUCUAUUGCGAUGACUUUGAG